UGGAAGGAAAACAAAAUGGCGGACGGAGACGGUGUUGCUAGUAUGGUAUGAAAAAUAUUAGCCAAGCUGGCUUCAACUUGUUUAUGGCGAUAUGAAUACCAUAAAACUCAACCGCAGAGUUUUCAUUGUAGUCUUGUCUGUUUGCGUCUUUAUUGCAUUUCUGUGGAUAAAAUCUCGUCGUGUCGGGCUCGUCCAACAAGCAACCUUUGAUCCAUCUAGUUUCCGGGAUCGUCUCGACUACUUGAACAGAAAUAGAGAAAAUGCAAACUUACACGGAAGACUAAACACCCAGCAGAAUACUGAAGAAACAGUCGCAGCUGUACUUGUAAUCGCUUGUAACAGACCUGAAGUAGAAAGAUGCCUGGACAGUUUACUGAGACAUCGCCCUUCGGAAAAGAAGUUCCCUGUAAUUGUCAGCCAAGAUUGCGGGCAUGAAGAAACAGCUCAAGUUAUCAACAAUUACAGGGACAAACUUAUGUAUAUAAAACAUCCUGAUUUAUCCGACAUCGCCGUCCCUGAAGCUAUGGGUCAUUUAAAAGGUUAUUACAAACUGUCGAGACAUUAUAAAUGGGCUUUGUCGCAAGUUUUCGACGUGCUGCAGCAAGACACUGUUAUUAUAGUCGAAGAUGACCUCGAGGUGGCUCCCGAUUUCUUUGAAUACUUUGAAGCUACUAAGGGGUUGUUAGAAAAAGACCCCACCCUUUGGUGUGUGUCAGCGUGGAAUGAUAAUGGUAAAGAAGGAAAAGUAAGGGGUAAUGAUUUGCUUUAUCGCAGUGACUUCUUUCCGGGGCUCGGGUGGAUGCUUAAAAAAUCUGUUUGGGAUGAGCUUGCUCCAAAGUGGCCGGCAGCGUACUGGGAUGACUGGAUGCGACAUCCAGCACAGAGGCGUGACCGUGCAUGCAUACGACCAGAAAUCCCACGUGCAGUCACAUUUGGAAAAAUAGGUGUCAGCCGAGGACAGUUCUUUGAUGAGCAUCUCAAAUACAUUAUGCUGAACAAUCAGUUUUAUCCUUUUACUCAAAGAAACUUGACAUUUCUUCUCAAAGAGGAAUAUGAUCCAAGGUUUUUUAAUACUGUGUACAAAUCACCUUUGGUUUCAUUUGACUACUUUCAUUCUGGUAAGGUGAUACCUGCACCUUCCGUAAGGGUCCAGUAUGAGACAGAUGAGGUUUUUAAGUCUUUAGCAAAUCAGCUGGGAAUAAUGAGUGACAUUAAAGCUGGAGUACCAAGAAUGGCAUAUAAAGGUGUAGUCAGCUUUAUCUACAGAGGUUUGCGGGUUUAUUUAGCACCACCCAGGCACUGGAGGGGGUAUGAAUUCCAUGAAUGAUAGAAAUUUUGGCAGUGCCCUUGAACGUGUAGGCUUAAAGGCAAGGCUAUAGCUAGUAACGGGCAAACCAAGACACUUACCGCAGUCAUUUUUUUCCCAUUUGUAUUUUAUAGUUCUCAUAAUCACCCUGAAUAUCAAGGAAAAGAAUUUAAUCAUGGACAUAAGCUCAGUCAAACAAAAUUACUUUUUCAUGGACAUUGUCUCAGUCACAAAUUUUUUUCUGGCUAGAGCCUUGUAAGGAUCUAUGCCAUAUACACUUCAUAUACUUUUGUGUUGUGUGAAAGUAACUUUAGACUGAAACAAAGGUCAAGGAUCGUCCAAACUGGGAACAAUUUAAAUGAAACAAACAUGAAUAUUAAAAAAUUUGGGGUCAAAAUUUCAAUGUCCACAGCUCUUAUACCAUAAUUACUAUUUUUAUGUGUACAAAAUCAUACAUUCAUUGCAGCAAUAUGCACUUUGUUACAAAUACCAUUAUAGUGGAAUUCUGAUUUCUUGAAACUCAUUUUUUUUUAGCCUUUUAAUAGCACAAACCACAGUCAUUUCCCAUUUCCCUCCCUUAGUCGUUCAAAAAAUCACUAUUCCACUGUCUGUAGUUCAACUCAUGAGCUUUUUACCUACACCUAAGCUGCCAUGGGCAAUAUUGGAGAUGUCUAAAGUGAACAUUUUUCAUGGAGUACACACUGAAGAGAAAGUUAAUCAAGUCCCAAGAGCCAUUAGACGUGAGGGCUUUGGGGCAUUCCCCCUUAAGAAAUUUUUAAUAUUAGCAGCUUUGAAAAUCCAUUUUCCAUGUUAUCCAGGGAACAGUUUCAUAAAUCUACACAUGGACAAACAUGAAGUAUUUAGUAACUUCUGUUAUUUACUUGUCAACCUUUGGGAUGAUAGUAGGAUCAAGGGGAAAGGCUAGAGAGUGUCAAACCAGUCAAUUUAAUUGUUAAAAUCACUUUUCCCUUAUAAAUAUAUAUAUAUCUAUCUUUUCUAGAUUUACAGAGGUGUUCAUUAUACCCCUGAAAAGUGCUGGCAUGAUAUAUUUCAAAAUUAAUAUUGCAAGUGUGCAAGGAAUAUUGUUUAUGUAAACACAGUCUGGUGGCAGAUGAGACAGACUAAGAGAUGAAGACAUUUAAAAUAGAUUGAAUUAUUUAAUUACUUCUAAAGAGUAAAUUUAUUAUCAUAAUUAAAUCUUAAUCCUGAUAAAAAAAAUAGCCAUUACUGUUUUAGGCAAUAAAAUUAUUGUAUUUUUCAAACCUGUGAAACUGACAUAUAUUUACAUUUAACAGGUUUUGUACGCUGUAUUCAGUGCCAUUUUAACCUUGUAUUUUCAAAUAAAAAGUACAUAUGCCUGGUCAUGGGAGUCAA